GAGAGAAGAGACCCUUCCGCACCGUAAACCAGCUGACUGAUUGAAGUUCGAGUUCGCGCAACGAACUGAAAAGCAGAGCAACUUCAAGUGUUCUCUUCGAGUCGCAAAACUUUUGAGUCAGUGGUGGGAUUAAUCUGCUCCUUCGCCAAUACCUCCAGAGAAUGCUCGGACGAUGGAGGUGACAGAUGUGAUACAAAGCGUAACAGGCGGUCUGUCGUCUGUGUACUGGUCGUCGCUCAGCACUGUGGCGUUCAGUAUCAGCGAAUAUCAGAUUACAGCACUUGCACUAACUGUAGCAUUAUUUGCUACAGUUGUUUGUAUUGUGAUAUGGAAAUGGAAGACAAAAGAACGUGUCCUAGCAGAAGUCAAAGAGUUGGUUGGCGUUGGCUCUGGCCGGCCACGAUUCAGAAAACGGGACAAGGUUUUAUUUUAUGGACGGAAAAUGCUCCGCAAGGUGAAAAACAUCUCAGGGCAAGUCCAUGGUGGCCAGGGCAAAAAAAGACGUUUGGUGAUGAAAUUUGCUCGCCGUAUUCUACAACUCAAGAAAGAUACUACUCCUAUGCAGCUCAAAGUUCUUGAGCCCCCCAAUGAAUAUUUAGAGGAGGACAUAUCAAGCACAGAUGAUAAACGUGUACCACCAGAUGCUCUAUACAUGCUUCAAAGCAUCAGAGUGUUUGGUCACUUUGAAAAGCCAGUUUUUCUGAAGUUAUGUAAACAUACAGAAAUAAUUAAUCUUCCUGCAGGGUCAUACCUUUUCAAAAUUGGUGACCCUGAUGAAAAUGUUUAUAUUGUACAAAAUGGCAAAGUCAAUGUUUUUAUCACGGGGCAGGAUGGUUCAGUGCUUACAUUAAAAUGUGUGAAGACAGGAGAAUCUGUAACUUCACUUCUUAGUUUUACUGAUGUCUUAACUGGACAUCCGAAUCCCUACAAAACAGUGUCUGCCAAAGCAGUUGAAGACUCAACUGUUGUUCGUCUUCCUAUGGCUGCUUUUCAAGAUGUUUUUCAUGAUUACCCUGACAUUUUCAUUAGAGUUAUGCAAGUAAUCAUGGUACGCCUUCAACGAGUUACUUUUACCGCCUUACAUCAGUAUUUGGGUCUUAGUGCAGAACUUGUAAAUCCUGGUACUUCAGGCCGUAGGAAAAUGAGUCCCUUUAUGGGCUCUCCCAUCAAAGUAAAGCAAAAGGAUGUGGGGAAAGACGGAGAUACUGCUUAUGACCAUCAGGACGGAGACCAGGCUGAUACUGCUCCUCUAUCUAGUAGUCGUCCUCACUCUCAACCAAUCAACAUUAUGCCAACUCAUCGACGCACCAGGUCUGGUCAUGAGUCUAGUAUCUCUUCAGAUAUAUUGCCUGAGGGGGACUCUGCUGCUUCCUCAUAUCAAUCCACAGGCACAAGUCAGGGAGCCUCAGAAGGUCACUCGGCACACAGCUCUCGCAGGAGGACUGCAGCACCUUCCCUCACUCCAAAGCAACAUGCCGAACAAGUUCAAUUGGCAACAGAAGCCUUUGUCAGAGAAUUAGGUUUGGAAGAUGAUGCCCUCCUACGAGAUGGGAAAGUCGAACUGAGAGAGGUCCCUGCAGGUACAUACUUAAUGAAAGAAGAAUCCCACAAGGAUGUCGCUUUAGUUUACUUGUUGUCUGGAACACUAAUUGUGUCACAGAAGCUAGCUGAUAUGCAAGAAGAAGUGCACAUGUUUACUGCUCACCCAGGAGAAAUGGUGGGAGGCCUUGCUGUAUUAACUGGUGAACCAAGCUUUUUCACUAUCAGAGCGAAACAUUUUUCUUGUAUUGCUCUAUUAUCAAAAACAACAUUUUAUGGACUGAUGCGUGAACGCCCAAGAGUAGUACUUCAUAUAGCUAAUACUGUCGUGAAGCGCUUGUCUCCGUUUGUGAGGCAGGUGGACUUUGCUCUUGACUGGGUCUUCAUGGAAAGUGGUCGUGCUGUGUAUAGGCAAGGUGAUGAGUCAGACAGUACCUUCAUUGUUUUGAGUGGGCGUCUUCGUUCGGUUAUUACUCAUGCCAAUGGCAAGAAGGAAGUAGUUGCUGAGUACGGAAAGGGCGAUCUCGUUGGUAUUGUUGAAAUGGUGACUCAAACUCCUCGCAGUACUACUGUCAUGGCUGUGCGAGAUUCUGAGCUUGCUAAGUUGCCAGAGGGCUUAUUUAAUGUAAUUAAACUGCGUUUCCCCAUAGUUGUCACAAGGUUAAUUAAUCUUCUUGGACAUCGUAUUUUGGGUUCUUGGCAGAAGCCUAGCAUUGGUCGCACUGUUGACACUCGGCCUGCUCAAGUUAAUUUCUCAACUGUUGCUAUAGUUGCGGUGUCAGAUGAUGUUCCUUUAAUGGCAUUUACAUAUGAACUAUAUCACUCUUUAAAUGCAAUUGGACCUACAUUGAGACUCACUUCAGAGCUGGUUCGAAAAACCCUUGGAGCUACCAUCAUGGAUCCAAAUAAUGAGUACAGGCUCACUUCCUGGUUGGCACAGCAAGAAGACCAGCAUCGCAUUUCUUUGUACCAAUGUGAUGUCACAUUCAGUGCCUGGACUCAAAGAUGUGUGCGCCAAGCUGACUGUGUAUUAAUAGUUGGCUUGGGAGAUAAAACUCCCACUAUUGGCAAAAUAGAGAAGGAGGUAGACAAGCUUGCUAUCAGAACUCAAAAGGAACUUGUCUUACUUCACAAAGAAGGUGGACAGCCACCAAACAAUACCGUAACGUGGCUCAAUAUGCGUUCAUGGGUUUCAAGUCAUCACCAUAUUCAAUGUCCAAAACGAAUGUUUGCUAAACGUUCUCAGUUUAGAAUUAAUGAGCUUUAUGCCAAAGUACUGACGUCAGAACCCAACAUUCACUCAGACUUUUCCCGAUUGGCAAGAUCCCUCACAGGAACAUCUGUUGGACUUGUUUUGGGUGGUGGCGGCGCUCGUGGAGCUGCACAUGUUGGCAUGAUCAAAGCAAUCCAGGAAGCUGGUAUUCCCAUUGACAUGGUAGGAGGUGUUAGUAUUGGAGCUUUGAUGGGUGCCUUGUGGUGCAUGGAAAAAAAUUUGACUACAAUGACGCAGAAAGCUAGAGAAUUUUCAAGGUUAAUGACUCAGUGGUGGAGGCAACUUCUAGAUCUUACAUAUCCAAUGACAUCAAUUUUUUCUGGCAAAGACUUUAAUCAGACAAUUCAAAGAACUCUAGGAGACACUUACAUAGAAGAUUUGUGGCUGCCAUAUUUUACUGUCACCACUGACAUCACAUCAAGUGUCAUGAGAAUUCAUACACAUGGGGAAGCCUGGCGGUAUGUACGUUCAAGCAUGUCUAUUGUCGGAAUUCUGCCCCCUCUUUGUGAUCCCACUGAUGGGCAUCUUCUUUCUGAUGGCUGCUACGUCAACAAUUUGCCAGCUGAUGUGAUGAGGAGCAUGGGAGCAAAGCACAUUUUGGCUAUUGAUGUUGGAUCACAAGAUGAAAUGGAUCUCACAAACUAUGGAGAUUCAUUGUCAGGAUGGUGGCUAUUGUGGAAACGCUGGAACCCCUUUACAAGUCCUGUUAAAGUUCCCAGUAUGCCUGAUAUUCAGUCAAGACUCGCUUACGUUUCCUGUGUUCGACAACUUGAGGAAGUAAAGAAUAGUGAUUAUUGCGAGUACAUUAGACCUCCCAUUGACAAAUACAAGACACUUCAGUUUGGAAGUUUUGAUGAAAUUAAGGAUGUUGGGUACAAUCAUGGAAAAACUUAUUACGCUGGCUUAAUGAAAGCAGGACAGAUGCCACUUCUGCAGCCAUCCUAUCCUACAGCAUCACAGAGUGCAGAAAAGACUUACCACCCAACACAUUCAGCCCAAGCAUCAUCAUCAGGAUACACAUUCACUGAUCUAGCUCAGCUAGUGUGCAAAGUUCCACGCAACCGGUUUCUUGAUAGUGAUUCCUCAGAAAGUGAGUAUGAGGCUGACGAAGAGGAUGCCCAUGAAGUGGGAUAUGCCUCUGAACCAUCAGCCGGCAUCCUUGAUGAUGGUGAUUCUGACACAGCUGAAGCUCAUCGUCGAAUUGGUGGAUCCUUGUCUUUGUCAGAAACUGAAAUGGAUAUGGAGUCUAUUUUCUUGCCUAAACGUGCCAAAUCAGUCAAAAGAUUGCAGUAGUGCAUUGAACAAUGUCUGAAGGCAUUUAGAACAAUAUUGGUCUAUUUAAUUAAUUCAAUUCAUCUGUAUUGAUUCAUACUUGUUAAUAUUUUAAUUGUGUUUUCUGAAUUCCUUACAAGCAGAGUGCUUGGCUUAUGCUCAAAGGGCACUACAUUUUUAUUUCUAGAGCGUGUGGUUUUCUAUUUUCUUCCUUUUUUUAAAUGAUUUGACGGGGGUUUUAAGGUGACUUGUCACCAGACUUUGCCUUUUAUGUAAGUGCCAUCUAGCCUACUGUAAUGAUUAAAGUGUUAUGUUGUUCCAUAUUUACCUCUUUAUUUUCUUGGAAUAUAUAAAAUGAUCAGCAUUCAUAACUGUAAUUUUUACCACAAUGGUCUGAGUGUAAGCCCUCCUAAAAUUAUGUCUAAGCUUAUCCUGGUGUUGAAACUCAUUUCGGGGGAGACUUAGGAGGAGGGCUUAUAUUCAGACCAUAACAGUAGUAAAAGGCUUAAAUCACUGAAAAUAAUCUAGGACACAAUAGAUACUGGAAUGCCUUGGUCUUGUAGAAUCAACAUUCAAAAUACAACUGUUCAUCACAUAUUUACAUCAAUGAUUUUAACCUAAAUACUUCUCUGUACUUACAUGUAGGUCUAUAGGCUUUAAAAAUGUGGCUGUGAUAGAAUAGAACUCCUGGUUGGAAGUAGUCUGAAGGACUACUUUCUUUAAGUCUUUAUCCCCUUGAUUGUUUCUUAGUAAGUUUACAAAAUAUUGUGAGAUUGAUGUGUUGUGAGGAAAAAUUGUUGCCAAUGGUUGCAUAAUGUUUUUCUCCCUGACUCUUUGGUGUGUUAAGACUGUUCCAUUGUCAAUUUGGAAGUACUCUUCUAACAUUUUUGAAUCAUGCUUUUAUCCUGACCUAUUUCUUGUUUCCUUUCGCUUGAUAGACGCACAUACUAUCCGGAAGAAGUGCUGCCACGGUUGGGGUGAGACACACACCCUCUAUAAUAGCAUCGGCUUCAGAUUGAUUGUCUUUUCUCAUUUUGAAUGGCUACAAGCUUAAUUUUUAAUUAUACUGUCAAGAGUAUCCUUUCUACUGUACAUCACUGUGCCUGUUGCAUUAUCAAUUUCUUCCACUGUUCCUUCUAGGCCCAACAUUAUUUUUGCCAUUCAAUGUUCUUUUGUUGGGCUUAUGCUGGAUUUACUUUGGUCAUGUCUGAAUUUCUGUGAUUUAAAAGUUUGUAGACGUGUGUGUGCUUUAUGGUUACUGAAACCUGACCUGAGGUGUUGGUAUAUCCAACUAGACUUUUUUGCUGCACAAUUCAAAUGGAUGAAUGCAUGAAUGUGAAGAAUUUGGUCUGUGAACCAGGUAUAAAAAAGAAAUAUGUAUUAUAUGUGUGUUUUCAUUAGAUGUGCAAUUUUGAUCUAUGUAUUGUACUAUUCCGAGCCAAAGCUCUCAACAGUCACUAAUAAAUUAUGUGUGUUAUGAUCAGA